CUUUCAUAUUAAUAAAUAUGAGCAUUAUUAUUUGGUAUGCUAUGGUAUCAAAACCAUGGGAUACUUUAUAAUUGACAAUAUUAAACGUGAAGCACAGCCUAAGAUGUACUAUAGCAGAGUUUUGGAGGUUUUGCAUUCUCACUUUUGCAAUUAUAUAAGUAGGAAUGAAAAUCCAAAUUUGGGAUCAAGAGUGCGGAAAAUGAAGCCUCGUUUUGUGAAAAUGCCAUGGCAGACUACUGACAAUUCCACAGAUUGUGGUAUCUUCCUCAUGCGCCAUAUGGAAACCUUCAAAGGAGAUAUCAAAAACUGGAACACUGACUUAACAGAAGAAGGGCCAACACAAGAUAAACAAAUAACUAGGCUGAGGUUCAAGUACAACACAGCAAUCCUAUCUUCACACCUGAAUGAACUGAAAGAGCCUAUCACCACAGAAGCUAUAGGCUUGUACAACACAGCAGAGAAGCAUAAUAUCAUCAACGUCGUCCUAGCUGGAAAAGCUGCAGAAAAGUUUCCAACUAAAAAAUCCGGCAAUAGAGUGAAAUUCGCGGUGAACUUAAUAAGUUCUUUCCACGAAGCAGAAAGGUCGUCUCAAGAAGGACCAACUCCUUCUUAGAUUUAGUGCAUUGUUUUACUGCACUUUUAUAGAAUAUUAGAAACUGAUUGAACAGAAUUAUUAGAUGGCUGAAAAUUAUCAGUCCUGUUGAGACUGAAAAUGAUUUAGUGGUUUGUUUUUGUAAAGAUAUGGUUAUUUUGUUUUUACCAGCUCAAAAUGCAAUGGUAAAUA